CGGGGGGCGAGAAGCGGAAGCGGGUCAACCUGAGCGUGAAGCAGAAGCUGGAGCUGAUCGAGAAGCUGGAGUCGGGCUCGUCCGUGGCGCGCGUGUGCGAGGAGUACGGCGUGAAGAAGCAGACCGUGUCCGACAUCCGCAAAGCGAAGGAGAAGCUCAAGAAGUUCGUCCUCAUGUGCGACGUCGACUCGACCAGCAACACGGCGGAGAUCGGGGCGAGGAAGCACAUGAAGAUGUCCCAGGAAGCCUCCCUCGAGGAGGCGGUGCUGAAGUGGUACGUGGAGCAGCGCUCGGGCGGCGCCAAGGUCCGCCGGGUGGACCUGAAGGCGGCCGCCAACGCCAUCGCCGCCGACAUGAAGCUGAGCUUCAAGGCCAGCGACGGCUGGAUCUGGCGCUUCUACAAGCGGCACGGCAUCGACAACAAGCGCGCCUGCGGGGAGGCCGCGGAGGAGGUGGCGCCGCUGGGCAGCAGCUUCUACAAGCGCUACAUCAUGUCGCAGAUCAGAUCCAAGAGCAAAGAGGCUGCCGAGAAAGCAAUGAGAGAGAAAAAAGGUGCAGAUCCACCAUGGAAAGGAGGACCAGAAAAUCCCACCAGUCCAGGUCAGCCUCAGUAUAUUACAGGACCAAAAUUAGAGGAAACAAAUCUAGGAAAACUCUCCUGCGGGAUUCAGCUUCAAUCUGUUUCUGAGCAACCCGGAUGGGGAGCGUCACAAAAAAGUAAAGAGGAGCCAUUUGUUGGGAUGGAGGAGCGCUGGGAAGCCCAGUGGCAGCAGUUCCUCAAGACAUUGCAACCUGUCCACAAAGGAGGGGCCAACUCAAGUUUCUCAGAGGCUUCUCCCUGGGAAGACACCAAGGCCUUUCUGGCCUCCUUUGAGCAGGUGGCCAAAGCCUGCCAGUGGCCCAGAGAGCAGUGGGUGGCCCAUCUUCUGCCAGCUCUGAGUGGAGAAGCAGAAGGGGCCUUCCGGAGUCUGGAAGCCAGAGAUCGGGAGGACUAUGGGAAGGUGAAGGCCGCCAUCUUGCGAGGGGAAGCCCUGAAAAUGGAGAUGCAGCGCCAACAUUUUAGGCAGUUCUGCUGCCAGGAGCUGGGAGACCCUCGAAAGAUCCACAGCCAACUCCAGGAGCUUUGUCUCCAGUGGCUGAAGCCCGAGAGACACACCAAGGAGCAGAUCCUGGAGCUGCUGAUCCUGGAGCAGUUCCUGGCCAGCCUCCCACCGGAGCUCCAGAGCUGGAUCCGAGCAGGAGGGCCUGACACGUGUUCCCAGGCGGUGGCCCUGGCGGAGGACUUCCUAAGGAGCCAGCAGGAUGUCAAAUCAGAGUCAUAUGAGGGGACAGGACUGAUCCAGGAGGUGGCUGUGAGUUUUCUCACCUCUGAGCAGACACCAUUAAUUCCCGGAGAGAGGCCGUUCGAUUGCAGGAUCAAACAAGAAGAGGACGAUGGUGGCAGUUCAGAAGGGCCUCAUGGCAGCUUGGAUCCUACUUCUUCUUCCAAUUUUAUACCUGCAACCACAACCCUACAAGCCGCUGAUGAGUGGAUCACUGAGAUGAAAGAGGGGGAUUCCCAGGGGGAUGACACUGAGCCCGUGAAGCUCCAGGGGACCCCCUGGGACAGUCUCCCCAAACCCCAGGAGGACAGUGACACUUUGGGGAGCCCCGAUGCUGGCUUGAAGCAGAAGGGAGAAGAUGGCCAAGAUCAGCCCAUGGUUGAAAUCUUUCCUCUGGCAGGAGAGGAGAGAAAUCUAAGUCCACCAGUGGUCAAGAAACGGUAUAGGAUCCGGGGGAAGAAGACGUGCUCCGUAUGCAGCAAGACCUUCAGCCGGAGCACGGUGCUUGCCGCGCAUCAGAGGACCCACACGGGCGAGAAGCCGUUCAAGUGCCAGAACUGCGGGAAGUGCUUCAGCUUCAAAUCUGCCUUGGUGGUGCACGAGAGGACCCACACAGGGGAGAGGCCCUAUUCGUGCGAUCGGUGCGGGAAGAGCUUCACUGUCAGCUGGGUCCUUACCAGGCACUACCGAGUCCAUACCAAAAAAGAGCAGUUUGGCUGCUUGGAGUGCGGGAAGAGCUUCACCCAAAAGUCUCAGCUGCUCGGCCACCAGAAAGUCCACAUCAGGGAGAAGCCCUUCCGAUGGACCCAGCCCCAGGAAAGCUUUGGUUGCGGCUUGAGUGUCAAGAGACAGGAGGGCUCCUGCUCAGGGGAGAUGAAGCCAUUCAAAUGCCCUGAUUGUGAUAAGUCCUUCAACACGUCCUCCCAGUUGGACAGGCACCACCGGGUCCACACGGGGGAGAGGCCCUUCACUUGCUCCGAGUGCGGGAAGAGCUUCAGGCAGUGGCAGAUUCUGAUGGUGCACAAGAGGAUCCACACGGGCGAGAAGCCCUUCAAAUGUGCCAUCUGCGGGAAAUGCUUUUCUAACCAGGCCAGCCACAUCCGGCAUCGGAAAGUCCACACGGGGGAGAGGCCACACCUCUGCGUCAUCUGCGGGAAAAGGUUCCCCUACCGUGCGGUUCUGGUGAAGCAUCAGAAAAUCCAUGCCCGGGAAGCCCUGAAUAGUCGCAGGUUGGAGGAGGAGGAGGAGCAAGAUAAAGAAGCUUCAUAAAGGAAAAAUGGGCAGUGGGAUGCUCCAGUUUUGUGAGUGGGACCACAGGCAACCUUUUACCUGAGCCUUCCCUAGCCCGAUGGCCUCCAGAUGCGUUGGACCAGUGGCCAUUCCGGGUGGAGGUGGCAGGAAUUGUUUUUAAUAUCUGAAAAUACCAGGUUCAGGAAGGUUGACCUUGUGAAUCUGCCACGUGUGCCCAUGUAGGCCCUUGAGAAGCACUUGGUGGGUCUCCGUUCCUUGAUGUCUCUCUCAGCACUUGUGUAGGAGAAGCAGCCGUCACCUGGCUGGGACCUUCCUGACCACUCCUGAUGGAUGUGUCUGGGACCUUACGUCGGGUGGAUUCUUGGCCUGGUAAUGAGGGAUUGUUGAAUGUCUGUGAAGUUGAUAGUCUCAGGGGUAUAGGACCUUUAAGCUAUUCGCUGUAGCGAGUCAAUGAAGCAAUUAAUAGAGGAUAGGGAGUCCAUGUGAUGGCUGCAUUUGUAUGGCCUAACAACGUGGGUGUGCAUAAAAUGGGAAGCCUGCUUUGUUUUGAACUGAAACAAACAUGGUGUGUUUUGGAAAUGUGGCUGAACCAUUCUGGGUGGUCUGCAAGUUGGGAAAAAACUGACAGCUGGAACUGGGGUGGUUCAGGUUUUAACUGGCACAAAAUCCAGAGGUGUUUUAUGGGGCGAGUAGGGCAACACUGAGGCCCUGCUCAUCUGUCUUCCCACACCUAGCAUGUGUCCCAUUCUGCUCCCCCCCCCCGCCCAAUCAUCGCUGAUAGGGAAUGGAAGGUGCUGGGAAGAUGGGAGGUGAGUCUUACCAAAACUAAGGGCAUUGACAGUGGCAGCUAUUCACCCUGCCUCCCAUUUUUCCUUCUUUUCCCUGCCUCCCCUUAGUUGCCACCACCACAACCAACAUUCUUGGCUUUUCCCCACACUUCCUCUCAAACACUUCUGCCUAGAAUGUUCCUAUCUUGGUCUGGAAACAGGUCUCUUGAAACGAUGCAGGGAAUAUUCAUGCGCAGAACAUUUUGGGCAUCCCUAAUAGCGAAUCUUGGGCAAUCUCAAGGCUAAGAGCGGUGAGAUCUGUUUAGUACUUGGAUGGGACACCAUUAGGAAAUCCCAGGGCUGCAGGCUGUACUGGGAACUUUAAAAAAAACAAAACAUUCCAGAAGGCAGUAGUAGUAAAUCACGUGGAUAUUGGUGCCAAGCAAAAUAAAUGGACAUGUCUGUGAAAUCAACAAGAGUUGAGCUCAACUAUAUGUUUGUAUGGUCUAGUAGUAUAUACUAUAGGAAGGGGAGCAAAAAAAAAAUCAUUUUCUUCUCAGUUUCAUUGUGUUUUUAGGUCAUUUUGCUUUAGUGGGGUGGAAUCUUUCUCUUAGUUUCUUACUCUAAAGGCUGAUGUCAACUUGUUUCCUCAAAAUUACUGCAUUGAGAGGAUAAUGUAUAUCAUAGAAAGUAAUUAAAAGGA